UCCUUUGCUGCAAAACGGCACAGCUUCAUAAUUUGGAGCGUCGGCGUCAACACUAUUUUUGUGCUCUCGGAUCUCACCUAUACGAGCCAGAAGCCAUGAAGAUGAAAAGGGAAAUCGGUUUGAUUGGUGGUGUGGCAUUUAUUUCGGGAACUAUGAUUGGAUCCGGGAUAUUCAUGUCACCGCAGUUUGUGCUGGCCUACGUGGGAAGUUCCGGAGCGAGUUUGUUGAUCUGGGCCCUCUGUGGAAUUGUGUCCAUGUUUGCAGCCAUGUCCUACACCGAACUUGGAACGCUUAUUCCUGAAUCCGGCGGCGAAUUUAUUUACAUCCUUCGGAUCUUUGGGCCUUUUCCUGCUUUCUUUGCAGGAAUCACUUUCAUCGUUGUUGUCAGGCCUCUUGGCGCUGCUGCAGUGGCACUCGCCCUCGCAAAGUAUGCAACUGCUCCCUUUUACGUUGGAUGUGAUCCCCCGCAGCUGUUGGUGAAGUGUGUUGCUGCUCUGGCCAUACUGACCGUUGCCAUCAUCAACGUCAUGAACGUACGGAUUGCUGUCAGAAUCCAAGUUGUCUUUCUGGUGGUCAAGGUCUUAACAUUGAUGAUUAUUGUCAUCGGAGGAAUUGUGGCACUCACACAGAGCCAGCGAGUCCUUGUGCAAAACUUGAAUAUAGACGAUGCAUUUAAGGGCACUCGGUACUCGUUUAGCACUCUUGGAAUGGCUUUUUAUCAAGGACUGUGGUCAUAUUCUGGCUGGUACAAUUUAAACUAUGUCAUUGAGGAGCUGAAGAAACCCCAGGUGAAUCUUCCGAGAGCAGUUGUCAUUGCCGUCUCGCUGGUGACUAGCUUGUAUCUGCUGGUGAAUGUCAGCUACCUGACAGUAAUGACACCGAAAGAGCUCAUUUCAUCCAGUGCAGUGGCCGUCACCUGGGGAAACAAGGUGUUAGGAUCAUGGGGCUGGAUAAUGUCAUUAUCUGCAGCUUUGUCAACUUUUGGGACACUAAACGGAUCAUUCUUCAGCGGUAGUCGCAUAUCCUUUGUUGCUGCACGUGAAGGACACAUGCCAGAAAUUCUGUCCAUGGCUCAUGUGCACAGACUGUCUCCAUGUCCAGCCCUCAUUUUCACCACUGUUGUCUCCUUGCUGGUGCUCAUCCCCGGAGACUUUCAGAGUAUUGUCAACUUUUACAGUUUCCUUGCCUGGUUUUUCUAUGCCACUGCAUUGUCUGGCCUCCUCUACCUUAAGAUUAGGAAGCCAGAGCUCCCAAGGACAUACAGGGUUCCCAUCAUACUGCCCAUACUGGUCCUCAUCGCAGCAGUAUUCCUCGUGCUGGCCCCCAUCAUUGACGAUCCUCAGAUCGAAUUCCUUUAUGUGAUUUUAUUUAUCGUCAGUUGGGUCCUCAUCUACAUCCCUUUCAUUCAUUACAAGCUCUGCCCAAGCCUGUUGACCAAGUUGACCAUAUUCCUACAGCUGUUUUUACAGGUCGCUCCAGCAGAGAAAACCUGUGAUGCGGACUGAAAGACUUUCUUUGGUUUAAAAAGGAUUAGCUUACACCUACCUAACAACAUAAUCAGGGAGCUAUGAUUAAAGGUGUGAAGUAAUUUCAAACAAUUACAAAUGAAAUAUUUCUAUGCCACAAUGAAACAAAAUACAUUAAAUAAAGCAUGAAAUAAUUUC